GCCGGAAUUACGGGAUUAAGACGUGCAGAAUCUUUAAAUGAUGAUCCAAUUUUCAUUGAAGCAAUUGCGAAUAUUGCUAAAGACCAUUUACUAUCUGGUAAAGUUAUGUCAACUCAAUUAAAAUUGAGAUGUCCUAAAUGUAAUAAGGAUGUUUGCCAAAGAGCUAGAGAUUUCUUUGAAAACCAAAUUAUUUAA